AUGGCUUAUGCAACAUCAGAACAAUCAAAUGAUUCUUUAAAAACGGUUGAGUGGAUGUGGAAGUCUAACCCGGAUCCAUGGUCGAAAUCCGAGCCAGAAGAGUGGAGCCACUAUUCAGACGUAGAAAAUUUAAUCAUGGAAGAAGCAUUCUCAAAUAAACAACCACGAGCUUUAUUGGACGGAUAUUAUAUUGAUUUUCAAGAUAAUCUGGAAGUAUCCGACCUUGAUAGUAAUAAACAACGUCCUGUAAAACGAGUGGUACGAAAGCGGGAAGAUAAAUAUUUAAGAGAAGCACGUUUCGUAGAUCUUUCUGUGAGUUCUGGACGUUCAUUUGGUGGUCGAUAUGGUUGGGUAUCACCGUUCGUCAUCGAAGUCAGAAGAGACUUGGGUCUUCAAUCACAAGAGUUACCAACGAAAAAACCAGAUAUGAUCCCGAUGCUUGUUGAAAAAGCUGCCCUUGGUAUCAUCGAAGAAGGUAAAUAUCUUCAGAAACAAAAAGAAGCCGAGCAUUUGGCUAAUAUGCUCAAAGCAACAAAGAACGAAGAUAUGGAAGAAGUAUGGGAUUGCUGUGCUUAUCUUUACUCAUUGGAGAGUUUCCUGUACACAACUUUGAAUGCGGCUAUGAGAUUAGUAGGAGAAAAGGAACAUGAGCAAGUAUGGAGAAGUAAAAUUCGUACAUUGGGACCAUUCUGUUUACUACUCUGGGAUGAUCCAUUCAAUAAAAAAGCGACAAGGAAUAAAACGCUGUAUCGUGGAGCUCAUUUGAAACCCGAGCAAAUUACCAAGUAUGAAGAUAUGGCCAAGAAUUCAAAUGAAUAUCGAUCGUUUCAAGCAUUUACUUCUUGCAGUCGCAAUUUUCAAAAAGCAGUAGAAUUUGGAAAUACACUAUUUAUCUUGGAGGUAUUGUUUGCUUUUAUCGCUGAUCUCAGUGAACACUCCGAAUAUCCUCAAGAAGAAGAAGAACUUAUCACACCAGGCGUUUGUUUCCGUGUCAAAAGUGUUAGAUUUAAUCGCACGAUAAACAAACAUUUCAUCCACUUGGAACUAAGGCAAAGAUUUGAUCGUAAGUUAGAACGAGUCUUCUCUAAUGCUUUUUGCAGACUGGCGUGA